ACUUUUGGACUCAAAAUGUUUUCAAACAUGUGCUCAAUUUUGAAAAAAAAAGAGGUUCUCGCGUGAGAGGCAACCAAGCAUAGUGUUUGAGUCUAGCCGUCAAAGGGAUUUUCUCUUGCUAGGAGUUCCCUUCGAGGAUAUGUUUGGGGUCCGGAUAGCUUUAUUGCGUCUCGAUCAUCUUUCACUACUUUCCAUCCCCCAAACACUUCUCCUCGUCAUGGAAUCGUAUGUCAAGGUACAAAGUACCCUUUAGCGAUUCAAGAGACCUCAAGCUCUUGUUACCCAACAUGUGUGGCAACCCAAUGUGGAGUGCAGACUAAGAAGUAGUGCUCGAGCUAAGAUGAAUCACCCAUCAACUUUCCCACAUGUGACAUUGAUAGAGAAGGCAAUGAUUCAUUUGCUCUUGGUCAUGAGGGCUAUAUGCUUUCUUGCAAAAAUUUGCUGCAAUAAGCGUCAACGUUAAAAAGGAGACCGAAAAAUGAAAACUCCUACCUUGAAAGAAAUAAUAAAAAGCACCUUCUAGGGUCCACGAUUUUAAUCGUUUUUGAGAAAUCCCCAGUGCACACCGUUGUCUAGACCACUUUAGUGGCAAGGUCCCCAUUAGAGAGUGUGUUUUCAUAUAGAGAUUGGUGGUAGAAUUCUUAAUGAGCGGUUGACCACAAAAUGUGCUAGAUGACCCUCUACAGACGAUCUAUUAUGCAUGACAUUGUGAUUUAUCUUGCAAGUUGUACGAAUUUGACUAGGUUUGCUUGGGGACAAGCGAACGCCUAAGUGUGGGGGAGGUUGAUAACACCUAAAAUUGGCGUUAUUUAGCCCCUAUUCCCAAGGCUUUUGCAUGUUAAAUCACCAUGUCUAGGCCACAUAUCAAGUUAUUUAUGCUUAUUUUCGUUCCUAUUUGCAAAACAUCCAUUUUGGCAUAGGCAUUCUUGAUAUGAAGGUUUUCAUAGGAGAACCGACCGCAAUAUGUAGUAUUUUAUGCUUUCCCAAGUUUUUGUGAUGAAAUUCCAGGUCUUAUAUGCAUUCGGAAUUGACCGGGAAUCGAUUGAGUUCAUCCGAGCAUGAUUGAGAAGAAUAUGAGCAAGAAUUGGAGAAGAGGCACUGUCAUGGCCAUAGGUCAUGGCCGUGACCACCAAGUCGUGACCAUGUUGGCGAGCUGAAGAUCGCGACUGUGAAUAGGCCGGAAACUUUAGCAUGCGACCAAAAAGAAGGCAAAGUUUCCCCAGUCGAAUUGCGGACAUGACGCAUUUUGACCUAAAAAAAGAUCGCGUCCGGGACACAAAUAUCACUGUUGUGAUCUUAUGAAGGAGGACGCGAUCUUGGAGCUUAAAGACAGAGUCAAAACGCGUUGUUUCGGGAGAUUCGAGGAUGUUCCAGCUUGUCACGGCUAGGUCUCGACCUGGUUACGACCUUGACCAUCGCAUCACGCCCUGGAGGCCAUGACCGCCAUCAGCUUUCUAUAAAUACCACUCUUACUACACUUGUCAGAGGAGAGACGCCCUAGAGCGGUAAAGUUAGGGUUUUGGAGCGUUUAAGAGAGCGAAACACCUUGGGAAAGGUUCAUUGAAGAUCCAAUCAACCCAAGGAGUAAGAAGAAGGUGCAAGCAAGAAGAAGAAGUUUGAUUCCAUCGCUCCCCUCUUCUAGUUUGUGUUUUCUUUCUCUCUCUAAUGACUUGAAUCUCUAAUGGUUGUUCAUAAUAGAUGAAACCUAGAUUGUAUGUUGGUAUUUGAAUGAGUUUAUUUAUGGGUAAGUUGUUCUAGUGAUUUUAUGCCUCAUGUGUAGGUAGUUAUACUUGGGUACGUCGCUCUAAUCUUGUCUACUAGUCUACUCGAGCUACUACAAUGGGUAAGAAGUGUUAGGGUUAGACGGGUAUGCGCCAUUUGGCAAACUAGUGAUAGUUAGUUAUCUUAGGGCUUUGAGGUGGAUGAGGUGACCGAACCCCUACCUCUAUAGUGCCUUCCUAGAACAAUACUUUGGGAGUUUCCCUGGUAGUGUCUGAUAGGUUGAACCUAUUUGAAGGAACUAAGAGAGCAUCACUAGCGAGGAAACUUAGAUCGAGGUGACAUUGGGUCUUUGUGGAUAACAGUAAGAGGUGGGAGAAAUUCCCAUAUCAGAGAGUUUCGCACCAUAUCCACUAAGUCAACUUACCGACUAUAACUAGGGGAAUUCGACUUAAAAGCUCAAUCACGCAAGCGAUCAAUUACUCGGAUGAGACAUGAAAGCUUUAGAAGUUGAAAGCGUGAAAAUAAAAUUAACGACCAAAAAUUGAGUUACUAAAGCUUAAUAUUGAAAAUAAGAUUAACCAUUCAUACAAGCUCUAAAAAUAACCCCUAAAUGUGAUGUAAAACCCACAAAAUAACGUUUAUGACACACUAUUUCCGAGAAAUACAUAAUCCUCCGAUUCAUUGAAAUUUAGGCAAUAUCUACCGAACCAGAGUAAAAAUUGGUCAACCAAAUUAUGUAAAACUAGCCAUAUCUUGAUGUGUUCCAUAUUUUUCGGGCAUGUUAAUGUUUAGCAUACUUUGGUCAACGAAUUUGGGUUGAAGUUUAGGGUUAAUGAUUAGGUUUGAAGGGUUAGAGUUCAAGGUUCAGGGUUUAGCAGUCAGAACUUAUGGUCGUGGGACUCAAGGUUUAAGGUGUUAGUAUUUAGGGGGAUCAAGGGUUAGUGUUAAGGGUUUUAGGUAUUAUUCUUCAGGGUUUCCUAUUUUUGGUUGUUCAAAGGUAUCAUCUUUUUGAUUGAUCGAUGAGUAAGUGAGAAAAAAUUGCAGAGUAUGAUCAUUUGAUCAAAUUAUACACAUAUUAUGUUCAUGGUAGGAGAGAGAUCGAGUCGAGAACCAUAACAAUUCAUGAUUCCGAAGUCUAGACCAUCAAAUGAUAACAAACUAGUCCUAUACAAGUUAAUCUACGGUCCCUAAAUUCUUGAGAUUUAGUAACUUAAUACUAUGUAGAUUAACCAAGAUAUAAUCCUAUCUUAUGAUAUGCCUUGUUAGAGAAGUUCCAUUUUAGUAAAUUAAUCCCACCUUUUGUCCCCUGUAACCGACCCGAAGUCAUUCUUGAAGCUUUCAGUUCUUGGUUGACAUCUGUUUACUAAAAAUUAUUUGUUUUCAAAAUAACAACAACAACAACAACAAAUUAAUAGAAGGACGUCAUUUCCUCACAAACAUGCACCCCACGUUCCAUCAUCAUCCCCUUCCACCACCACCAUUCAUCACUAUACGCUCCCCUUAACCGAAAGAAAGAGGGAAAAAAACAGAAGACAAAUAUCAAACAUCAACAAGACCAAAAGACAACUCCCACAUUCAAAGAAUCAUUAACCCAUCAAUCAUCCCCUCCACGAACUUUCAUAUUCAAAGAAUCCUUCUUGGGGGUGGUUUUCUACUUUUUUUGGGCUUCAAUUUCCCUCUAGAAACCUUCCCCCAAGUCAAAGAUUGUUCAUACCCAUAUACAUACAUAAACCUUUCCCCUCAUUGGCAUCUAACACUGUUUUUCCUUUCCAUGUUUCUUGUUGAGGUUGUACUUGUGGGGUUAAAUUAUGAUGAUGAGCUAUGAUGGUUCAAGAGCAUGAGCACAACAGCCACAUCCAUGGUCUAAAGUCAAGAUUGGUCACUCAUAUUAAGGGUAUCCAUAUCCAUGACCAUUCAUCAUUAAGGCAUCAUCACGCUAACACCUCCAGCGUCGUCGACGACGAGAUCGAAACCACCAAUGAUUUAGAGGAUCAGAAUGUAGUAGCAACCAUAACCCAGCUUCCAGCAACACCAACAAAAAGCACCCAAGUUUCAGAGAAGAUCGAUUCUGUGAACAAAAUGGAUUCCAAAUCAACGACUCCCGGAGCCACGGAAAAGAGCGAGAUGGAGCAAAUGAAAGAGAAGUUUGCGAAGUUGCUUCUGGGAGAAGAUAUGUCCGGUGGAGGGAAAGGGGUUUCUUCUGCACUUGCAUUGUCAAAUGCCAUCACAAAUCUUGCAGCUUCGGUUUUCGGAGAACAAUGGAAACUAGAGCCGAUGUCUGCCCAGAGAAAAGCAAGGUGGAGGAGAGAAGUCGGAUGGUUGUUAUCUGUAACAGACCAUAUAGUUGAAUUCGUUGCCAAAAAGCAGGGCAACAUAGAGGUUAUGGUUACGCAACAACGCAACGAUCUUCAUAUGAACAUCCCGGCCUUGAGAAAGCUCGAUGGAAUGCUGAUUGAUUGCCUUGACAACUUCAAGGAUCAAAGCGAGUUUACUUACGUCUCAAGAGACGCACCAGACUCGGAGAAAGGACCAAAGAGGAAAGAAGAGAAAUGGUGGCUACCAACUGCUAAAGUCCCCACCAAUGGCCUAUCAGACUCGGCAAGAAAGUUUCUGCAGUACCAGAAGGAUUGUGUGAACCAAGUCCUCAAAGCAGCAAUGGCAAUCAAUGCUCAGGUUCUUGCAGAAAUGGAGAUUCCUGAAAACUACAUCGAAUCCCUCCCUAAGAAUGGUAGAGCUAGCCUAGGAGACUCGAUCUACAAAAGUAUAACAGUCGAGUUCUUUGAUCCUGACCAAUUUUUGUCGACCAUGGACCUAUCAUCGGAGCAUAAAAUACUGGACCUCAAGAACAGGAUUGAGGCUUCCAUUGUGAUUUGGAAAAGGAAGAUGAUCCAGAAAGAUGGUAAAUCAGGAUGGGGUUCUGCUGUCAGCAUAGAGAAAAGAGAGCAGUUUGAAGACAGAGCUGAAACUAUACUCCUCAUCAUCAAACAAAGGUUCCCUGGAAUCCCUCAGUCUUCACUAGAGAUCAGCAAGAUUCAAGACAACAGGGAUGUAGGCUAUGCUAUCCUGGAGAGCUACUCAAGGAUCCUAGAGAGCUUGGCACACACAGUUCUAUCGCGUAUUGAAGAUGUACUAUACGCUGAUCAAGUUGCGAGAAGUCCAACAAAAGGUGGGAAGAAGAGAAGUCCACUGAUAUCAGGGACACCACCUUCGGAGGAUAGAGACAGGACAUCUGUGGAUGCACCCUUGGCAAUGACACUGUCGGACUUCAUGGGCUGGGAAGGCGAUCAAAAUGACAACGAUGACGACUUGCUAGAAGCGACAGAGGAGAUAUCGAAACAAGACUCGAAGCUAUCCGAGAAACUUGCUAGUGUAGAGACAAGAAAGACAUCGUAUCUUGAUAACUUGGUUGGUUCGAGAAGCCCAACAUCAAGGCACUAAGGAGAUGAAACACCAGAAAAGUAAGAUCAUGGGGGCACAAAUAGGAGAAAAGCCUAACAGAGAAAGAUAAACUUUCACUGUCAUUUUUGAGUUUCCUACUAUGUCAUUGUUGUGAACUCUGUACAUAAGGAGAGCAUGGGAUGUAACAGUUUUAAAACCUAUGCUCUACUGACAUUCUUUUUUCUUGUUACUAGGUCAACAUUCAAUUAGUAAGUUAAGUAUGUCCAUCUCUUUUAUGAUUCAUUUCCUAUUCGGCUUGCAGUCGUACUUGUUCGGCAGCAGCUAAUCUUACAAACCCUUAUCAGAAUGCAAUGGAAUAACAGGCUUAAAUCACA